UAUGUGGAUAUAAAGAGGGCUAACAUCAAAAAUGUUUGAGAAGAACCUCACGGAUCUUGUCCGUGGCAUCAGAAACAACAAAAGCAACGAGGUACUAUAAAGUCUCGGGUUCCACUCACAUGAGCAUAUUGCAAUUACCGGACGACGUGGCAUAAUCUAUUUUUUAUCGGUUUAUUUAUAUGUCUAUUAUGCUGUUUUAUGUAUUCAUCUCGCAAUUUCAAUAGUUUGUACAUUUAAAGGGUAUAUUGUAUUGAUUUAGCAGUAACCAUCAUAGGAACAGAGAAGAAAUGUACACGAAAAUCUGACUGUCUUCUAUCCGAUCUUAUACAGUUUAAGCUGCGUCUAUUUAAGACAAAACGAGAUUUAUUUUAUUAGCCAUGUGAUUCUUUACAUGGAAAUUUAAAUUUAUGUUAAGCACUUGCAUCAAGUUAAUUUGUACCUAUAUAAUGAGUGGUUGUGAUUUGAUACCGUUUAAGCUAAACAGGAAGUUUCGUUUCGUGGCAGGCUAAAUAUAUUGCAUCCUGUUUGGAUGAAAUCAAACAAGAGCUGAGGCAAGAAAAUGCUGCUGUGAAAGCCAAUGCGGUGGCCAAGCUCACUUAUGUAAGUAGAAGCAUCAAAGAAGCUAGAAAUUUAAAGGCCUUUUACCGUAUAUAUGCAUAGUGGAAGUUAAACAUGGUCCUGGAACUUGAAAGAAGGUGGAGGUUUACAUGUAGUUCAUAAUGCUUGGUCAUUAACAGGAAGUUAAAAUGGUUAAAUUUUUUUUACUGUUGUUAUCUUUAAUCUGUUAACUUAACCUUUAACCCAUGCUGCCAGCUUGUUGUUCCUCUUGUGUGAAGUUUAUCUUCAGAAAUCUUACUUUGUGCAUGGUGCUAGAGAAAUCCAGGCUACCUUCACACAGCACCAGACAAAUUUUUGACCCGCGAAAAGAAUUUGACCAGACACCUCAUUCAUAAGAACCAUUCAAUAUUUUCAGUCUUAUCUGCGCACACACAGAACUGAUGAUCCAGGCUGAAUUUUAAAUUUUGUCAGAGGUUUUACCAUCUUACCAUCCACAGAGCACUACUUACUGGUAAACAAAUCCAAAAUGGCAUAUACCAGCAGAGUUACGAUACAUCCAUGCAACCACAUCUUUGUAGUACAAAAAUUUAGAUGGUUAGAGCGUUCACACCAUGUGGUCAAAUUUACCUUACAAAACUUUAGACGUUCAUGCUGUUCGUAUUGUGCCAAUAAAAUUGUGGACCAAACUGGCUUAAGAUUUUACCUUGAGUCUACCAUUCAAAUUUUUGAAGGGCUAGGCGUUAAAUUUUCAGAUGGUUAGCUUGGUUCCAUGUGAACAAAGCACCCAAACAAACAAAUUUUUAACUGGUCAAAAAUUUGUCCGAUACCCUGUGAAUGUAGCCUAAAUCAUUAAAGAAGAUAUCAAUAGACCUUACAUUUUAUUCCCCAUAACAUAAAAAUAUAUAUUUUUUAAAUUUGUCUGAACUUGUUCUCAAGUUCUUCACUACAAGGCUAGACAUGCAAAAUGUUUUGCUUUGAUACAAAAUGUUGGUCAUAUGAUAAAGGUUUAUAGAGUGUUUUUACAUGUCAUCACAUCCACCAUAUUGGUGUCCCAAAAUAAUAAAACACAAACCUUUUUGGUGUUCCAAACCAAUCCUCUAGGAGUUGGACUUAUUCUUACAUAACUUUCUUUUGUUCCAAUAAAAGUUAGUCUCUUUUUUUUUUGACUGAAAAUGCUUUAUUGUCCGGGUAAGGUAAUUGUACCACUAAUUAUAAACUAAUAUAAUAAUUAAAUUUUUACUGACAUUAGUAAAUCAGUGGUGAAAGUGAUAAUCACAUUAUAUUUUGUGGCCAAAGUUUUANACACUUGAACAACAUGCCCAUUCAGGAUCUUCCAAAGAUUGCAUUGGGUGCACAAAACCGGCAAAUGAAUAUAAUAAUAAUACCAAAUAUUACAGUCACAAAGUAUCUUAAAAUUAAUGAAUGUCUUAAUUUGAGGAUAUUGGCAGCUUCUUUUCUCUCACGAUGGAUAGUCACAGCAAUGUACAAGUGAUAAGUGAUGACUUUGUUUACAGCAUGAUUUGGUCAUAGGGGGGAUUUAGUCACCUCCUUUUGGUGACUUCCAAAACCAUUGUUGGCGUAAGCCUUUUAAUGAAUGUGCACUGCUAGUGGACAUUUCUUGCUGUGAUUAUUUUAAAAAACUCUUUAACUGUUCUGUUAUUGACCAUGCAUAAAAUCAAUUGCUGAUUUGAGAGUCAUAUGGCUCAAUCUCUCUGUUAAUACCAAAUCUACAUGUAGUAAGUGAUAGCCAACGAAAAAAUCACGUCAUGUGACCUCAGGAAAGGCAAUGAUGGUGUUCAGAAGAAAAUCAAAGGGUGCCUAUGGCUAACUAACUCUUGGAUUAAUUAUUUUAGAAAUGAAAGCAGAUAAUGAACUUGCAAUUAGUCUACCGGUAUAUUUUAAGUCUGUCAAAAAAAUAUGCUUUAAGAAAGAAACAAAACAAUGCAAAAAGACCAAAAAAAAGAAGAAAAGUUUCUUCCAGCUGGAGUUGAACCCCAGACCUUUGACUUGUAAAGUCAAUGCAUAAUCUAUUGCGCCAUGACAACUAAUGUUAAAUAAAGUUGUUUAAUUAAUUAUUUUUAACAUUUUUGCCCUUUGAAAUUCUGCCAGUGGACACUGUUUGAAUCUGGCAGAGCUUUACUUAUGAAGAAUUGAAAGAUAUAUUCAAGGAAAACAAGCAUGGUUUUCACUGUAAAAGGCAUACUUUAACUCAUUUCGUCGCAUUUGAAGAACAUAUGGCCAACAAAGCGAUAUUAAGUGUCUUGUAAAAUCGUCGCGCAGUCUCUUGCUGAAAGCGUUGUACAGCUUGCAAUUCUCUGCAUUUAUGUACAAGAGGAGAAUCAAUUACGAUUCAGCAACAGUAAACAUUUCCGUUUUUAUUCAACUGAGGAAACAUUUCAUUUUAGAAUGAUGUUUCCCUAAAAACCAUGAGCUUGGGAGUCUUGUCUUGUUGUGAGAAAAAUUAAAAAAAUGUGAGACUCAUGGCAGAAUCGAGAGAAUCGUGAGUUAGGACCAGCUUGGGAAGUCGAAGAGCAAUUGCUGAUCCCUUCAUCAUGUUUAUCGCCUGGACCAGUCAAAAAGCUUCAAAAGUUCAUAAACUUCUGUCUCAAAGUUGGCUAUAGUGCUAAUUUGAAAUAUUCAAAGUCCACAUGGACAACUUAUCAUCCUGUGAAAGGUACAAAAUCAUAACAUCAAAAGCUCUGGGCACAAUGCACGCUCAGCACUUCUUGAUUGCGGAACAGGAACAAUGAAUCUACGACAGAUGUCGUUUUGAUAUUGGACGCUUUUGUACGGAGCCGACUAAUUACGAACAGUGUCUACACCCGAGUGACAUAUUUGCAUAUUGCAGUGCCCACAAUGACUCGUUCCUUACGCUACAUGAAUCCACGAGUUAAAAAGUGAUACUCCUACCAAAGGCAGGCGUGUCACUGAUGUUCUUACCACACUUUGGUGUCUCCUGUGAUCCAUUACUUAACAGUUAUACCACAACAUGAUAUCUGUUACAGAGAAAUAUUCUUCGACACUAACAGUUUUUGGCAAGUUAAGAAGAGCUUUCAAAACCCAUUCAGAUCCUGUUGUCAGUGACAUUUGCUGUUAUUCACAGCCUUGUUUUGAUGAGGCUACAAAAUUGUUCCGUAAAUUGGGGGGAAGGUGGUAGUACUGAUCAUGGUUCAUUGCCAGUUGCUAAGUAUACAAUAUUCAUUACCUCACAGAUCUUGUGUGAAAGCUGGUGGUUUACUUGGCCAAUUUUCUGGCCUGGCCAUAAACAUUCAUACAUGUACUUGGGGACUGACAAAAUUUCUUUUUCAGCUUCAAAUGCUGGGUUAUGACAUCAGCUGGGCUGCAUUUAACAUCAUUGAGGUGAUGAGCUCAUCAAAGUUUACCUUCAAGGUGAGCUUACAAUGUUCAGUGUUCUCCCAGCUUACUACAGUAUAGAGUUCCAAAAGUAAUGAUCCUCAUUACUUUCGCAUUUAUUAUUCGGAGUGUCGCUACUUUUGGCAUUUGCUAACACCUGUGAAAUUUUAUCACUACUUUUAGAGGGUCACUACUUUUGCUGCGUCAUUACUAGUCUUUGGGAACUUUACGGUAUACAUUGAGAUAUACUUUUAAACCAAAAACUUUACAAAUGUAUCUCCUUGGUGUAAUUAAAAGAGCUGAUCAUAUUAAUUUUUUCUUGAUCUACUAUUCUCUUUUACUAUCUGAGUAAAAUUACAGGGAUUUGCUGUAGAAGCACCUAGUGGUGGCUGGUGCAUUACUUUUGCUCUUGGGCGACUAGGGAAUCUGAUGUUUUUUUUUAUAAGAAGCAAGCUGGCCAUGGGUAUCCUGGAUUCCCCAAUUUAAGAGCACUGAGUUCUCUUCCACUUUUCUUAAUUAGAGCACAGCCUUGAAUUGUUUCAAUCUUUAACACCUGUAGUUUUAAGCAUUAUAGUUAAUGAAAAUAGGCAAGAUCAUUGAAAAAUAACACAACCUACCUACUUUACAUGUAAUUUUGAUAAAAAAAUUUUAAGCAAAGGUGGGCAUUAAAUUUAGGAGAGGAUCUAAUUUUGAAGGCCAGGGAGGAAAUGAAGUAUUCUGAAUGACCAACUUGUUGAGUCUCAUUAUACAUCUCAUACAUGUAUUUUCAUUCUCUUUCUUGAGUAAAAUAAGUCUCCUUUUCUUGUUUUGCUUACUUUUUCUGUUUUUCUGUUCAUCAGAGAAUUGGUUACCUGGCAGCAUCCCAGUCAUUUCAUGAAGAGCUGGACAUUCUUAUGCUUACGACUAACAUGAUCAGAAAGGUGAGCAGAUAAUUCUUAAGUUUUAUGCUUUUGUUUUGUGUGAAUAAAACUAGGAGUUGUCAUGUCCCAGCUUUGUUCCUAGUCAGCGAUGGUGAGUUUGGAUGUGAUGCACCAGCAAAGCCUUUCAGGAUGCCUGGUAUAAAAAGGAAAAAUCAAGUAGAUCUUCUUCAUUUACCAUUAUGCAAGGAAAUAAAACAGUCACCACAUUUUAAUGUUUGGAAGGGAUGUAUUAUAAUCAUACAUCUGAAAAUAUUCCAUGAUCUUCACAAAAAAGCAGAUUUAUGAUAUGAAGCAAUUAUUAGUGCAUUUUCCUCCUGCUCCCCUCCCCCCUAUUAUUUUCCAUUGAUAUAUCAGUAUGACUGGGGCCUGGUUCUAUUGAUGUGGGGCUCAUAGCUGGAAGGCGUGGUUUACCAGCCAUGGGGGCGUAACUCAGUUUAAGGGCUGACUUUGCCAAAAGUGGAAGCUCUCGGAUAUUUUAGGCACCCACCUGCACUUAGGGACGCAGUUGUCAAAGCUUGGUUAAACUUAAUAAACAUGUAGCUGUCAGUAGCAUUCUGACCAUGAGUAUGUUUGUCUGUUAUACUUUAUUAUUUGUAACUCUUUAUGCAGGACCUUUGCAGCAUGAACGUGUAUGAUGCUGGCGUGUCACUUGCUGGAUUUUCGUGUUUUGUGACAACAGACUUAGCUAGAGAUUUGGCUAAUGAUGUCAUGUGCUUGGUGAGUUUCCUUGGAUAGUGUAACAUAAAGGAUAGGAUAGCCAGUUGACUUUCCAAAGUGUAGCAAAUGAGUUGUCACAGCUGUGUUUUAGUAGCAGCUGGUGGCACCUGGUUACUUCUGUACUGUGCUUUUCAAAAACAUGCGAACUCUCUAACUGCAAUCAAUCAUCUCAAUGGACCUCUUAGAAAACAGAAGUUUACCUCGACAAGUUCAAAGGUUCUUGGUUUGUGAUUUGUGAUCUGUUUUGCUAGUUUCUUUGUUUUAAGGUUCGUUGCUUGUGAUUGUAAUAAUUAUUAUGAUUGAAGGCAGUGAAAAACACAAUCUUGAAGUUGGCUUAAACUUCAGAGUUUGUGUGUUAUUGGAAAGUGCAGUAAGCCGUUGGUGACUGAAAACCCUAAAUUUAAAUGCCUUUAAAUGUAAUUUAACUAAAUUAGCAACAAAGAACGAGUAGAUGAGUGGUUGAUGCCUUUGCCUUUUUUUGCAUGGGUCUUUCAGUCUUGUAAUGCCCACCAGCCUUGUGCUGCUGGUGUUUGGCUGUCUUUCUUUCCAACCCAUUUAUGUUGGUUUCCUAAAUCUCAAUUUCUAGUUUGAAUUGCCUAUGUUUAUGGUAAGUGCCCCUGGUAUACUUCUGAUUCUCCCAUCUUUAUUUUCCACUAGCUUGUGUCCACCAAGCCUUACAUCAGGAAAAGAGCUGUCUUGCUGAUGUACAAAAUAUUUCUCAAGGUAACAUUGUACAGUGUAUAUUUAUUUUCUUUAAAUUUCAAACCAGCUUCUCUUGUUGUUGUUGUUGUUGUUGUUAUUUUCCAUUAUCUCAGAUCAUAUCAUAAAAUUGUUACUGCAUUGUUUCCUUAACAAAUACCCAGGCCACAGUUGUUCAAAAGUUGGAUAGCACUUUCCAACAGAUAAAACACUAUUUUUUUAAAUCAAUAUAUGGUAACUUUCAUUGUUGUGGUUUAUUCCAGUUUCCAGAAGCACUAAGGCCUGCUUUCCCAAGACUGAAGGAAAAGCUUGAAGAUUCAGAGCCUGGUAAAAACCUUUUACACAUAUAUCUUUUGAAUGAAUUAGAAAAAGAAAUGGAGCACAUUAAGUCUUAAUUCACCAAAUAUUAUACUCAUUGCCAAGAGAUGAGCUUGGGCAUUGGUGCCUACAAGGUUGGUGGAGCCAGGCAGUGCUCUAGCACCAGGAAGCAGGUAUCCAUGGCAACCUUAUGAGCGGCCCCCACGAGGCAUCAUCAUGCUGAAACGCUCAGUGGAAUACUUAUCGACCAAUACUUACCAAGCCCUGACUUACAAAAAGAGAGGAAGGGUUGGGAGGAACAAACACAGCACUGCUAGCAAGCAGCAGGCUACAAACAUGUUUAGCAAAGACAAUUUGUGUGCGUUUUCAAGUCUUGAGGUACCCCUGUUAAGGGCAUGGGGCCGCCCCAAGCAUAAUUGGGAAAACUGCUGACCAGCAUUAAUUCAAGGUUAACUUUGCCAAAAUUUCAUUUUUCCACAUAUAAUGAAUCAGAUGCCAAUUUUCGUGCACAUUAACUUUUGUACUAGUCUCCAGGAAAGUCAUUUAUUUGUCAGUUAGAUCCAAAUUUCAGAUCUUUGUUUUGAAAGCAUUUUAUUUUUAUAGAAAGAACCAUAGUAAACUUUGUUUCAAGGACAUCUAUUCAAAUUACCCUACUGAUGGGUGAACAUCUCUGAAGUAGAUUAAUUAAGGAACAAAACCAUGUUUUGCGAUAACUGAGCAAUUUCUUGCACCCUGAUUGGUUGAGAGCCAUGUUGGUAAGAGUACAGACCAUGAAAGUGACAUGAUGGUGGCACAAUUUGUUUUUCUCUCUCUCAUUCAUACAAUUUUCCAAGAAACUUCAAUGGAAAUGAAAGCAAAACUGUAAAUGUCAUUGUAAAAAACAAAUCGACAAAAAUUUUCGAUGGUCUGUACUUUUAUUGAGCAUGGAAAUAAUGUCAAAAUGUUCAAAACUUUCUGCUUGAGUUUUGAAUUUUUUGAUGUAAUUUUCAUGGUUGACAAGAGCACAGACCAUGGAAAAUUGUCAAGGUGAUUUGUUGAUGAGCCAGUGCUGGUUAUCUUUACUUCAAAGUCAUUGAUUAUUUUGUGUCAUCUUACCACAGGUGUCCAGUCGGCAGCAGUGAAUGUGAUUUGCGAGUUAGCUCGUAAAAAUCCAAAGAACUACUUAUCACUGGCACCAUUGUUUUUCAAACUUAUGACAAAUUCCACAAACAACUGGAUGUUAAUCAAAAUCAUCAAACUGGUUAGUAUUAAAGUUAUUACAGUGGAACCUUGAUGAAACAAAGGACCAAGGGACUGACAAGUACUUUCAAUUGAAUGAGGUUUUGUUUCAUCAAGGUUCUUUUCCUUAUAUUUUUACUACCACUGGGGCGAAGAAUAUCAUUCCUUAUACAGAGGACUUCGUUAUAUAGAGGUUCGUUAUAUUAACGUUCCACUAUACGUAUAGACUUAAUUUCCACCGCUCUUUUGGUCCUCCCUGAGAAGAGACAUCUGUCUGGGGGAGGAGCACGUACUCAUUUCCUGAACAGCAGCUUGUAAACCUGGAGGACUCCUCAUAUGUGGGGUGGGUGUGAUCUAUGUCACUACAGGGGCUGAAGAAGUUCCUGGAAAAGAAAACACCUCUUGAUGACUCAAAAAGUAUCUUACAUUGUAGAUACUUAUGCAUGUAAAACGUUCAAGAGAUCAUUAGUGAUUUAGGGCUUUUUUCGUUAGACUUCUAUUAAUGAUUCUGUUUUAAUUCUCUUGCAGUUUGGAGCACUUUGUCCUCUUGAACCUAGACUGGCUUUCUUUAACGACCUCGGUAAUUGUUUAGAUUAAGUAUCCAUUUUUGUUACACAAACAGAACUAGAUUUCUACUAUGACAAGUCACCACCUAAAUUUACAUAAGAAGACUUAUUUAGAAUAUCAAUCGAAUAUUUAAACAGCUAUGGAUGUUUCUUUCAUUUUUAAUUUAGACAGUUAAAAAUGAUCAUCAUUAUCUUCUGAAAACUGUAAUAUUGAGUCACCUUUGAUUAUUGUACUAUUGCAUCAAUUUAAGCAAACAGGAGUAUGUUAUCAGUGACAUCUUAGAUGUGAAGUUUUAUUUCCUUGCAGCACAUCAGCCAUGUCUUUGUUAUAUGAAUGUAUCAACACAGUAGUAUCAGGUAAGGAAUGGUUUACGAAAAUGGUACAGAGUUUACUUGAUUUUAUGCAGAUGUACUAAACAUUAUGCACUCUCCCACUGCAAAUCCAUUACACAUCAAAAAUGCAGUGAUUUUGUUGUCAAUUUAGCCAUGUGAUAGGAUGGACAUUUUUAAGGCAAAUUUGCAUGUUUUGAAGACUAAAAAAUAGGUUUUGUAAGAUUGUUGACAAGUUUAAGUUUCAGACACAUUGUACAUGUUUUACACAUAUUUUAGAACUGAAAAUUACAAAAAGAAAAUUUGUGUCAUAUACACUUUAAGGAAUAUUUUGCAUAUUAUGCAAAUGUUUUCAGUUUUUCAAAUAUUGUUGUUUUUUGCAUUGAUGCAAAAAAUUUAUAUUUUUUUAAACAUUUGAUAUUAACAAUACUUUAUUCUCUUUUUCCUAGGAUUACCUCACCAUACAGCCUCUAUCCAGGUAUAAUACUCUCUUUUAAUGUUAAUUUCAUUGACUUUAUUUUGAAAAUUUGCUGAGUUUAUCAAUUUAUAAUUAAUAUAUUUCUGUUUUCACCAAUUCCUUGACAUUCAUAAUUAUUAUGAUAUUAUUUUGCUUUUUCUUUAGCUUUGUGUCAGCAAAUUGCGGAUUUUAAUUGAAGACCCAGAUCAGAACUGUAAGACAUUUUAAUUGUUAGGGGCUAUUAUCACGAUACCACAAUGACUCAAGGCGGGUUUUGACUAGCGACGGUGUCAGAUAUGGAGUCGUGAGCAGAGUGGUAAGAGCGUUUAUGACUUAAUGAAAAUCAACAAUCAGUUUCGUAAGUGUAGUCGUAUGCACAAUGGAAUUGGAGUCAGAAGAAUCAGAAUGUUUCCAUUUUCUUCCUACUCUGGUUACGACUCUAUCACUUACACGUACAUUCCACAUAUGCUCUAGUGAAAACUAGAUUGUCAAAUUCAGAAGCAGAAGCGGAAGGAUAAACCAAUCCCAAGGCACGUUCCCAUGCUUUUUGAUUGGUUUAGUUCUUCCACUUCUACUUGCAACUCCAACAACCCACUUUUCUCUUGAUUGUAAAUGAUGGAGUCAUCAGCGGAAUCAGGAGAAUCAAGAGGCUGUUUUUGCUAGAUCAUAAACUUCUAUGCUUCCGAUUAUGACUCCAGCUCCGACUUUGUCGCUAGUAAAAACCAGCCUUUACAUUUCUGAAGUCAGAAUGAGUUCCGUUCCUAAAUGAAGUUCGUACAUGUACUGCAUUCACAUGCCAAAAUUGACCAGCUCAGCCGAAAGUGGUUUCUAAUCCACACUACACUUAGGCCUACUUUUACUGUACUUAUAUCUGUGAUGUAACAUUACCAUUAAUUGACUGUGAACAUUUAUUUUCCUUUGUAGUAAAGUAUCUUGGUCUGCUUGCUAUGUCAAAAAUCCUGGCUGUGAACCCCAAAGUUGUACAAGGACACAAGUAAGUGACUUUUAAAAAUAGCUGUUUCCGCAAGCAAGCAGUAUAAAGCAAACACUGUCUUCUGACUUGCUAACCAAGAUGGGCCAGGCAUGUUCACUACAUUCAGGAUCACCCGCUUUGCUCCUGCAAGAAAACAUUUUUUUAAGCUAUAUUGUUUGGUGUUGUGUUUUAUAGACUAAAACAAAGUCCGUAGAAAGUGAAUAAGGUAUUUUAAAAAGGGAAAAUAGAACUGGUAGUAGCAUAUUAUUCUUUUUAUAAGAACAGCUCACAGCUAAAUGUAGUUUUAAUGUUUCUUGGUGUCUAUCUGGUUUUCCAAGCUAGCAAAUUAAAAUUAGGCAAAUAAAUGUAACAAGAAUUCUAGCAAAUGCCAUACAUACAUACUUCAUACGUCACCUCUAUUUAUCCUCAGAUUUACAGUGUAGCUCUUAAAGCUAAUGUCUCCAAGAAAGAGGAAAAUAAAUAUUUAAUUUAAGUACUCAUUAUCCUAAAAAUAAAAUAAAAUAAAAUAAAUAAAAGGAAAUAUAGCACUAUACGAAAACAAUUUGCUUUCUCAUUUCAGAGACAUAGUGCUGCAGUGUUUGGAUGACAAAGAUGAAUCUAUUAGACUCCGAGCUCUGGAUCUAAUCGUUGGGAUGGUAGGAGAUUCACACCAUUAAAUUUACCUUUCAACUCAAAGACAAAGGCAAUAAUUUAUUAGAGUUGAAGAAAAUCCCAAAUUCAUGUCAGUUGCCGCUAGGUGUUUUCUGUAGAUUGAGUUUGCCCUCUAAUUUGGAACUUAGCCUUAGAGAUUCUCCAGUGUGUCCUUUGGAGACAGUGCAAGAAAUAAGUUGUGAACUUGUGAGAGAGUGAGAUAGGUCUUAACAUCGUGAGACUCACAACAAAGUCGUGAUGCUUGGCAAGUCUGGAAAUGUAGAGUAUUGGCACUGUUCUAAACAACCUCUUUUCCUGUAGGUUUCUAAGAAGAAUAUAAUGGACAUUACCAAGAAGCUGAUGGUGCAAAUUGACAAGGCCGACAGUCAGAGUAAGAAUUAUUAAAAUUAUUAUUAAUCCUCAUGGUAUCAUGUUUACCCAUGUUUACUAACAGAGUAGUUGAAAUGUUGUUUCUUGUUAUUGCUAUCAUUAUCAUGACUAUAAAAGAAACUUUGUAUAAGAUUUAUUUUUCGAAUUAUUAAUUUUACUAUGUGCUGUUGUUUGUUCCAGCAUACUGUGAUGAGCUCCUUUCCAAGAUUGUACAGAUUUGUAGUUUGAAUGACUAUCACUAUGUCACAAACUUUGAAUGGUAAAAAAAAGCUGUUUUUUUACUUUUUUCAUAAAGGGAUGGCAGUGAUUAUGAGUAUUGUGAAGGCUCAGUGACAAAUUUAAGUAGUCAACUAAAUUCAUUGUGUUCAUGAACAGAGAGGGGGGAAAUUUGAUUCUCAAACAUCAACUAGUCAAACCAGCAAGAUAUCAAAUUAACUCAAAGGCUCUUGAUCAAUAAAGCAUGUCAGAAUUUCUACAGUUAUUGUAAAAAUGAUCCUAUUGUAAGAAACGCUAAUAUUGACCGAGAAAGUGAGAAAGAAACAAAGUUCUGUUUAUCCUUCUGCCAACCUCUUAAUUUUAACCCUAUAAGCCCCAGUAUCCACAUACAAAUUCUCCAAACUGAUCUCCAUACAUUUCCUUUAAGAAUUAGUUGGGAGAAUGUAAUAAAACAUCAAGGCAUUUUCUCUUUCGUGAUCAUUUUUUAUAUUCUCACAACCUUAUCUCUUGACAAUGUAUGGACAUUGUCAGGAGAAAAUUGCUGUUGGUCACUAUUGGGAUUUAAAGGGUUAAUCAUGUUCUCUGUUGUGUUGUGUCUACUGUAGGUAUAUUGAUGUGCUGGUGCAGCUGACGAGAGUGGAAGGAACAAGACAUGGUAAACUGAUAGCCUCACAGAUGAUGGAUGUCACUAUCAGAGUCAAGGCUAUACGUCCUUAUGCUGUUCAAUGUUUGGUAAGUCUGUUAUCACUAGCACUGGUCCAAUACUUAGUAUUUGUUUCCUAAAAUGCCCUGUCAUUUAUCUGAACUUAUUUUCAAACAUUACUUACAAGGACUUCAAGUAAGAAGUGAUGAACAAUUAUUUUUUCUAUUCUGUUCAUGUCGUUAAAUUUAGCAACUCAUCUUAACUUGAGAAUUGGUCACCAGGGCAGAAAAUUUAGGUGCAAUUUUAUGCCCUAAUAUAUAGGUCCUGUUCUGUACAUUAAUUUGAUUGCAAAUGGAUUGAAAAAUAUACUUCAUAUGCCAGGUUGUUUACUUUAGAAGGGUUGAACUUUGUACUUUUAUAUCGUGCUUAUUUGCGUGAAAUUUAUAGUAAAUUUAUGUCAGUACAUCUCAUUCAAUAGUCACACCCGUCAGAUUGUUGUUUUGUAUGAGAGAAUUACUAUUUAAUGGUUUAUGAUUAUUUGUGGGAAUUGUUUAAUAAAAGUUUUUUUUAAUCUUCUGGGGCCGAGUUGUUCGAAGGCCGAUUAGCGCUUAACCCGGGGUUAAAAUUAACCCGGGUUUCUUUUUCUUGUGUUCCAAAUUAUUUUUUCGGAUAAUUUUCUGUGCUAUUUUUAGAGCUUCCAAUCAUCAACUUGUAGACAAAAAGCAUUAAAGCUGAAAUGUUUUUUAAGCUUUCAAAUCUGAAUUCGAAUCUCGCACUAACCCUGGGUUAUCUUAACCCAGCUUUGAACAACUCAGCCCUGCCUUUUAUCAUUAAUUAGUUAUGUGUUAACAUUGCCUAGUGAACUCAAAAAUUCCAUGUGAAAAGAAAUGAUUUUGGUACAUUGUUUCAGUCUUUGUUGCUGACCAGCAAUGAGCUGAUGUCUGGACAAAUGGAAAAGAACAGAGUUUGUGAAGUACUUUUUGCUGCAGCAUGGAUCUCAGGAGAAUUUUCAGAGUUAGUGAAACUGUGGCUUGAAUAAUGUUACAAUUCUAGCUUCAUCUGAAAAAAGUAAUUCAAAAAGCCUCUAAGGGUAAAGCGUCUCAACUCAUUUUGUCGCCAAUUGUAGCUUUUUGAAACACUUUUUUUAGUCCAGAACAAAGUUGUAUAAGCACAGAGCAUAUAAGUGCAGUUUACAGAAGCCGUCCCGCCCAUAGUCAAGGUGGCUUCUCUUCAAGUCAAAUUGCUUUUACCACUUCUUUUGCUAGGUUUAGUACUUGGCAUUCAACCUGCAUAUUCUGCUGUGAUUAACAAUGUGUAUUAAGCUUCUUUCACAGUGGUAAUAAUUUAACAUGAUUAUGUUGUUGUUUACCAGGCAUCUACCAGAUAUCAAUGUCACAUUAGAGGCUAUGCUGCAGCCUAAAGCCACCUCCCUUCCAGGGCACAUCCAAGCAGUGUAUGUCCAGAACAUUGCCAAGUUAUAUGCUAAGCUCCUAGCAAAUCAGGAGGAGGUAAGUUCAUACAAUCGAACCUCCAUGUGUGACCAACUCUAGUAAGCAACCAGUUCCCAAGAGCGAAACACCAAAAUUCUCCCAGUCAAAAGCCCCUCUCAAAAAUAAUGACCUCCUGAAAGCGACCAAAGCCUCUUUUUCCAGCUGAGAGUGUGAUUCCUACAUGGAAAUAUAGACAUUGUAACUUAGAAAUUGAGUGCAAUAAAUUAUCUACCAUAAAGUAGAGGUAUCUGGGCUUCUUCUCAGUAGAGAACCCAUGUGGUCCAAUUCCCAUAAGCGACCACCUUCCGUAAGUAACUACUCAGCAUUUUGGGUAGUAAUUUUUGGGAAAUCCAACUGUAGUUUUCAUAAUUUGUUCUCAAACCCUUUUUUGUGUAUUUAAUAAAUCCCUAUGAUGAUGUGAGGAUAACAUUCUCUUUCUAUUCAAGCUUUGAAAAGAUCAUUUGAGACAGGAUUGCUUUCCUUUUUAAUGGUGAAAUAAUAUUUGUGCUUGCAUGCAAAUGCAAGUUAUGAAGGUAGUGCAUUCAUCGAAAUUCUUAAUAAAUUGAGUUUGCUGACUAUGCCACAUGUGAUGGAUGACAGAUUUGCUACUUGAUCCUCUGUUGGAAAUGACGAGAAUAGCAAUCAGGAAGACAUCAAUAUCUUUGUACAUGCUUUAUUUUUGUUUAUUGAGACUCUCAAUUUUUUAGACUACUUGCUACUGCCUCACUGAUCAUCAAGACUUGUUAAUACUGUAGUUAUAGUCAAAACACAACAUGAGGCAAAAUAACCUAUGCUCUACCUUCUGUUUUGUUAUGAAGGAUGAAGAUGGUGACACAAAAUCAGUUAGUGAGAUGCUUGUAGAGAAGUUACCCAUAUUUGUACAGAGUGCCGACCUCGAGGUGCAGGAGAGGGUGAGUGACAGCUGUCAAACAUAUCCAUCAACCCAUGCUACAAAAAGCGAUUGCAAUUUUGUUUUUGUUUGCAAAUGUCCACCAAUGCAAGUUUCAGAGGAAGCCAUCAAAAUACACACCACGACAGGCAACAGCACGCAAACGUAAUGAACUGACCUCAAGAGAAUGGCUGUAAAAAGACCAAUGAGCCCCUUUGAUGCAGUUAGGUUGCCCCUGCAUAUCACUAAUGAGUGAGACAGCUGGCCAGCUGAGUUUAUCUUAGCCUAAAUCAUAUUUAGCCACAUAUACAGUGUAAAAUAUAACAUCAAAGGCAGUGUCCCUGAUUAGUUCACCACUUGUGGUCUGCUAGGAGUUUUCUGACAGGUUAAUAAAGUUAUCGAUUGAUUGAUUGAGUUUAUUGAUUGAUGCAUUCGUAUUUGUUGCUUUAAAAUUAAUAAUCACUUCUGUCAUUGAAUUUGUAGGCUAGCUGUAUCUUGCAGCUCAUUAAAUAUGUUCUCAAGUUGCAAGGAAAAGGUAAUCAGUUACCUAAAUUUAUAAUUAUUCCAAUGCAGAAUAAUUUAUACCUGACAUUUUGGCAACAAAAUUAUUAAUACCAUGUUCCAAGGUAGAAAAUGCCUAAGAUACUGGGAUUUCCCAAAGCCCGGCUGUGCCUGGUCAGUAAUGACAACUGUUCAUUAUUGUGUUUAUGAUUGUUGUUGAGCUCGAAAGGAAGUCUUGCUUUUAAAGAAGAGUAACCUCUGGGUUCAUUCAUUUCCUUCUCUCCUGAAAACCCCACAUUUUUAAAUCCUAUGUUAUCUUUACAGUAUGUUAGGGCCUGUUUACAUGGAGGUGGGGGACCCCAGGUAGAUGAGGUACCCCGCUUUGGUGGAUUAAACCGCCUGUCCAUAUAAUCUCUCAUUUUAAUUUGAUUAUGUUUACAUAAUAAGUGGGGUGACCCACCACGGGUUACCUCACCUUCCUGGGGUCCCCCACCUCCUUGUAAAUAGGCCCUUAGAUGAAGAACCAUAUUGUGUAUGUGCUUUUGAAACAGCUUUUGUUUUAAGAAUUUAAUAAAUUAUUCUUUGUAAUAAUUUUUAUUAGUAGUGUUAUAAUAUUAAUGGUUAACUGUGUGUUAUUUAGGUGUUGAUUGCUCUGAGGAGGUGUCAUCACUGUUUCGUGGUGAACUAAAUCCAGUUGCAUCAAAAGCACAGAAGAAAGUGCAGGUUCCAGAAGGGUAUGGUUGUUUUACCUUGUACAGCAUUUAUUUUAUUUUUCUUUGUCACGGCAUCAUCUUCUUGUGUGGAUCUCAAAAGUCAGGAGUACUGAGUAGUCCUGAGUUAUAAGGCGUGGUCAUGCUUUUGAAAAGUAGCCAACUUCCUUGCUUGCUCUCAGCUGCACUCAUCAUAGUUACGAGCAACCUCCUAUUUGUUGAAAGUCUAAAAAUGUUGAUGUUCAGUGCAGUGUUUCAAUACUUCUUUCCACAAAUAUUGGUCGAAGUUAGUAAUUUUGUUUCACCUGGGCGUGAUAUUUAAACAUAUGCUCCAUUCACACCAACUAAACAUGUUUAAUUAAACCAGGUUUUAAAAUUAAUGUAAAACAGACAUGGAAAACUGGAACAGAUUUUCUCAUAGGAUUCAAAUGAAAUUCAACAUGUUUUGUAAUUUGCACUAAAUUUGCAGUCAACUUAGUCAGUAAGCAGAUUUUACUAAGGAAACAGUGUUAAACCGUGUUUAACUUAACAGCUCUAAGCUUUGGUGUGAAUGAGGCUAUAGUCCCAGCGACAAACAAACAGUGUAAUAGACCUUGUCACGGUUUUCGACGCCAUCUUGACGAGUAGGCAAACGCGUGAGAAAUCACAGUGUUUGUAUGAGAAUCUAAUGUCGAAUAAUUUCCGUAAAACGGCUGUUCUGAAAAAAAUAUCAGUUGUAAACUAAAGCUAUAAAGCAAAGGAUUGUCCUAAAAAAAUUGGGGGCGUACCUGUGCUUAGAUUUGUCCAGAAGCUUGUUUUAGAUUUUGCAUAUAUUUGUCUGUAAUUUUCCCGGGACUUUCUUACAGACAAAUGUACAGAAAAUUUUAAAAAGUGGUUCUAGGUCUUCUAGUGCAUGUAACGCCCUCAAUUUUUUCAGGAGAAUCCUUAGGUGUGGAAGCGUUAGUUUACAAAUCAUAUUUUUUUCAGAACAGCCUUUCUACGGAAAUUAUUCGACAUUAGAUUCUCAUACAAACACUGUAAUUUCUCACGCGUUUGCCUACUCGUCAAGAUGGCGUCGAAAACCGUGACAAGGUCUAUUUUUACCUCCUGUAAGCGGACACCUUUUGUGGUGUUCUUGGGCAUCUGCUUUAAGAGGAGUUCAGCUUUAAUAUAUAGAUUUAGCCAGGGCUAAAAGCGAAGCUCUCGACAAUAUUUAUAGUUUGCUCAAACAAAAUAUAAAAUCAUGUAAUGCUAAGCGGCGAAGGCAACGCCGGAGAACGGUGAAAAACAACAAAAGGUCUAAUUAGCAAAAAAGCAACUUUGCACGUGCAGCACACUUUUUUUGUACAUUUCUUUGCCGUUGUUUUGCACGACUACAACGUGAAACUUCCAGAAACUUCUUAGUUACACGUUUUUUUAGUUCACUUUUUUUUCACUGCCGCUCAUUUUUACCUUGCAUUGGUGGCCGCUAGCAUUUCUCAUUUUGUCACCGCCGUUACAAAAUUUUAACGUUGUUCUUCCAAUAAAAAAUGUCUUUGUUUUUUAUCUCUCGCUCUAAAUCUCUGUCGCCCUUUUUCUCGUUGAGCUUCGCUGGCCUGCCGCCUACUUUCCCUUUUUCUCUGUGUUUCUCUUGCUCUAUAUUCCAAAUUUGUGGACAUGACAAUUAUUCUAAGCUUAAUACUUUAGAAAACACGGAUACAGAGACAAUUUCCGCUUUCCAUUUUCCUCUUCAUUGACUCUCUAGUUGUUUCUGCUUUAUAAGACGCAGGUGGCUAUGCGAUUUCCCGUCAAAAUAACCUCGAGUUGCAUUUGGGUUGCCAUACCUGUUGAUUGAAUUAUUUUACAUUGGUAUGCCUGUGGUGCGGACGGACGGUCUCGCGGGCGGUGUACGAUCACGUGAUUACCAAAUUUUCUUGGAUGGGUAGUUUACCACAUUUUCUUACCCAUGGUAAUCCGCUGCGCGCUUCGCGCGCGAGAGCUCCGCUAUCAAUCCACAACAUUUCUAAUGUUCCUUUGAUUAUUUUUUAGACUUGAUCUAGACAAGUGGAUUAAUGAACCACCAUCAGAAAGCUCAGAGGACGAGCAGGACAUAGAAACAAUAUUUGACCCUCAUGGCGAACACAAGUAUGGCACUGAAAAUGAUAACAAAUAAUAUUUUUCUCUUUUGCAUAUUAUUGAAGGGUUGGGUGGAAUAAGAAUGUAGCUCUUGAUGACAUGCCAAAUUCUCCUUUUAUUUCACAAGCAGAUAGAGGCAAGGGGCCAAUUUGUAAGGAGAAUUUAGCAGUUAUCAGAGGUCACUUUAAGCUUUAUUCCAUGCAUCCCAUUUAUUAUGGCUAACCCUUUUCUUCUACUCUGGACUUAAUGUUACAAAACAUAGUUUUUUUGCUUUGGAUUUACGACUAGCACAGUUCACAUAUGGUCUUACAGUACCGACUUUUGAACUUGUCUAUCAUAUGGAUAUUAAAUAUCUUUCUCAGCUUGCAUUCAUUGUAGGAGACCCCACUCUCAUAAAGUAGAACUGAGUCUCAAAACUUGUGAGGCUGACAUAAUUUUGCAUUGAUUUUAAAAUCUCUCUCAAACUCAAGUACGUGUAAAGAUUCAAAAAUCUGAUAACAAGGAAAGGCUGCAGUUGGGACAACGUCACUUUUGAAAUUACCUCACUCAAGGGUAAAUUAAGAAAGAGCGUUGAAUGGGGGUCGAAGCCUUUGUCCCCUCUGAGUUAUUAUGCAUGCUCUUAUUUGUCCUUAAGAACUUCAGAAAGGUAGUAACGGGACUUAUUAAUUUUCAGAGAAUUGAAACAGAAGCAUGAAUCAGAAGAUGAGGAAGAAAUGAAAAAGGUUGUUAUCAUUCAUGAUUCUGUUGUCAUUGUGUUUAUGCCAUUAAACCUUUUUCUUUCUGUUUGCCCAAACACUUCUUGCUUUGGCCAUAGAUCCUGCACACAAACUCUGUAUAUUACGGAAAAAUCUCUAGACACAUUUUUUAUGGGAUACUGUAUUUACUCGAAUAAGGGCCGCGGCGCUUGUUGAAUUUUUUUCAUGCCUAAAAUGCGACGCUUAGUUGAAGGCGGCGUAUAUUUGAGGUAGGAGGCAACAAAGAAUUGUUUUAACUGUGGUAUUACUAUUAUUUAUUUGGGGCGGCACUUCUAAUACUUUUUGUCCGAAGUGAGGCGCUUAUUCGAGGGCAACGGUUACUCAAGCCAAUACGGUACAGAAUAGAGAGCUUUAGAUUUGAGACCGAGUACGAGAAUUAACUUAAAGUUUUCGCGCCUGUUCUCACAAAAAGACACCCCGUAAAAGCCUCAUUUUACUUUUUUUUUCACCUAAAAAGUUAGUUCGGUUAUUUAUACUGAAGGAGUUUAAGGCCUCUUCCGGUAGCAAAAUGAUAAAACUUCUCACAUUUGAUAAUUUGUUCCCGCCACUACGACAUUCUCGCUAAAACUCCUAGUAGAAUGACGACGGCUAUCACCUUUUCCCGCCAAAAUGACGCUGGUUCACGCAUGAGGAAUACUCAGUAUUAGGUAAAUUGCAUACUCGUUGUCGUCCUCGUCUUAGAAUCUAAAGCUCUCUAAUGCGCCUGUACUGAUGUAGUUAUUGAACGUUUUUUACUUUCCAUUUGUCUCUCAGAGACGUGAACAAAGAAAGCAAGAUCAGCUCAGUAAUCCACAUUAUCUAAAGGUGACAGCAAAAGAAGACCUCAAGGUAAUUUCCUUGAAUAGCUUGUCGCCUCUUGCACCUAUCAUUGUAUUGCCACAACAAUUUUAUAAUGGUGUUGGAAGAAAAUUUGCUACUUGACUCAAGUUCUCAUGGCUUUUUGAAAGAAUGUGUUAAUGUUGUUCUUAAAAUUGAGAUGAUGAAUGUGUCCUAUUUCAGGCAAAGAAGAAAGAGAUGCUGGUAGAUGAUAUUCCAGUGGCAAACUUGGACUUACCAGUAUCCCUCAAGGUGUCAGGAGGUACUUUUGUUACACUGUAUUAAUGUUAAGCGUGUAAGGGAUAUCCCUUUCUCUCUUUUAUUUCUAUCCCUUUCUCCCAUUUUCCUUUCCCUUCUUUUCAAUUUCCCAUUCCUUUCUCUUCCAUUUCUCACCCUUUCCUCCUCUAGUUUCUAGCCCCUUCAAUUACAUUCUCUGCCCCUUUUUUCCUCCAGUUCUCAUCCCCUCACUUCCAUUUGCCACCUCCACUUCCUUUCCUACUCCUUUUUCUUCCAUUUGCUGCCCCCUUCUCAGCCAGUCCCUUUUCCCUGUUCCCUUUGUUGCACGUCUUCUCUACCAGUUUCCAUCACUUUUUAUUUACCGUAAAAUUCCAAAACUAAGCCCCUCCCUGUAUAAGCCCCUCCAAAUAUAAGCCCCCCAAACUAGUUACGCAAAAAACCCUCCGUUAAAUCGCCCCUCCAAAUAAUUGCCCUCAAAUACAAAGUAAAACAAAGCAAAAACGGUAAAUUUCCUUCCAACUAUAAGGCUAGCCCAAUCGAUUUUGAAACGCAAAUUUCCCUCCAUAGAUAAGCCCCUCAAAAAGGGCUCUUGAAUAUAUAUAUAUAUAAGCCCUGGGGCUUAUUUUCGGAAUUUUUCGGUAUCUCUUUGUUCUCAUUCCACAAUCUUCUUUGGUCAGUCAUCUUUUACUCCAAUUUGGUUCUCAUCCUUUGUUAAAAGCCCCUCGUUCUAUUUUACGUUUUACCUUCUCAUUGUGACUUAAGACGUUACGCAUUAUGUUCAUUUGAUCCCCAGGACUAUCUCUUGACAAGAAAUAUGCCUCAAGAAAAGCAAAGAAGAAAAGAAAGAAAGGUAGAAUAUUUACUGGCUCUCAAGCAUUAGGAUUUCCUCUUACAGCUUAACAACCAUUAAGUGUGUAUUUUCAGUUUACCCAAUGUUACUAGUAAGUACACAAGGUCAAGCUCCUUUCAUGUUAGUGCCCUGUUCGUCAUCCGUGUAAUGGGGUUUAUUUAUGUUUGGCUAACGAUGGUUACUUAGUUGAUGAGUGUGAUUCCUUGACUGUCUAUUGCUGGUCUUAUCAGGCGGUUGUGUCAUUCCCCUGUACUGGAAUAUUAGUAGCAUCCUGCUCGCUAGUGAUCACUGCAUUACAAGUUACCUCACCCAUAGCACCAAUUGCUAUUGUAGUGAACACUGUGCCACUAACAGUCCCACGCAUCAAAUCAACACCAUCAACUAUACAGGCCAACAGUACAUGGUUGCGACUUGGUAAUCAACAACAAAAUGACUGUCUUGAGACAAGCGAUAAACAAGCCCUACCAUACACAUACCACAGUAAAUAAUAUCUUUCUUUACAUUCAUGAUUUUUUUACAUCAGGUCGAAAAGGGAGCAGAGCUGAUGAAGAAGAACCAGAUCGUGGAAUUUCAUAUGAGGUUCUUCCUGCUGGUGCCGGAGAGAUGCCAGAGGUUGGAACUUUAUGAUGUUUUAUAAACCCAAAUUGACAUUAACACUGCCCUGAAUUGCCCGCUGGGGGUGGUUUUCUGGGGAGGGGAGGCACUCCCUUAUUCGGCCCCAAGGGGUGUGUACCGCUGAACGUGGUAUGGGUAUAAAUAAAAAAAUAAAUAAAUGAUAAUUUGGAGGUAGCACAUCCACAAAGUUGUUCUUCGUCUACCUGAUUCCUGGUCGAAUUGGAAGUUGGAAAUUUUGGUUUUUGAGGAGAGGGAAAAACCGGAGUACCCGGAGAAAAACCUCUCGGAGCAAAGGAGAGAACCAACAACAAACUCAACCCACUGCGCCAUCCCUUGCUUCCCAUAAAUAAGUGGAAUUUUGAACUAAAAAUCACACUCACUUUAAAGUUUUGUGUUUGUUUUGUUUUGUUUUCCUCUUUCUUUUUGCCAGGGAGCUGCGGAAUCUGAUCACGAUGAUAAAGAAAAUGAAGAUUCAUUCGACGCUGCAGCUGAUCCUCAUAAGCUGUUAAAUGUUGACCUUAGCAAGUAUGUCUGGCACGGGCUUAGCUAGUUUGAUUAUACUGUUGAUCCCUUGACUUGAUUCUUAUCACUGACCAAGGUACAGCUCUCAAACUCAACAUUGUGAAGUUUCAGUAACAGAGACAAAAUUUACCCGGGAAAUUUAGAACCAUCUCGUCCAGGACAGCAAACAGUACCGUAGGAAAGUACUUCUCAGUCUGAGCUUUUGAAAUUUUUAAUUUACAUAAUUCUUCAGAUCAUACUCAGUCUCAUCCAAUAAUUGCUAGUUAUUGCGCGCGACUAGGGUAGCCCACAAUCCUAUUCACCAGGUUGCUGUUGCGCGCAUGACCGGCACUUAUGUAGCCAGCAUGUACUUGGACUUCAACUAAGAACGAAUGGAAUGCAUAGAGCGCAAUGUUUUCUUGCGCGUUUUAACCUUCUCAUCACUCGUAAUCUUAUCACGCGCAUUUUGACCUUAUAUCACGUGAAACUAAUGCAAAGCACUGUACUAGAGCAAACGCAUUUUGUCGCAUCGAUCUAGCCCGCACUCCCCGGUUUAUUAGUGGUGUUGUACAGAUAUAAGUUAGAGGGGUAAAAGUAAUAUAGGAUCGUUUAUUUACUGUUGAUGUGUUGUGACAGACCACUUGAAGCACAUGAAGCUCUCCCAGUUCGUCAACAUCGCACUGUUACUGAAAAACAACCUACUGAUACUAUUGAAAAUGAAGAGGUUAGUGAUAUUGUCAUGAAUACUUAUUGAAAUUCAAAGUUCAUAAUACUUAAAAAUUUAGUAUUACCGCGUGAAAGUAGUGCUGAAGAGGUUUCAUUUGAAUGGUCACACCAUAGGAUUUCAUCCACAGACUCAAAAGUUAAAAUUACAUACCAUAUAAGUAAUAGCAUGUAAAAGUACUGAUGAAGAGGUUUCACUUGAAUAUUUACAGCAUAAACUCAAAAGUUAGAACUCCAUACUAAAUUCAACAAAAAGUAACAUGUGAAAGUACAGCUGAAUUUCUUUCACGCAUUUCAAUGGCCUCACUAUAAGGUUUUAUUUCAUAUAAUUUUACGCGUAUCCCCUGUCAGUUUGUUCAUUCUCGAAAGUCAUGACUAAUUUAUGGCGGUUUUUAUGUAUUUCCAGGAACCCAAAUCCAAGAAACAUGGCAAAGAUAAAAAGCACAGGCAUAGAAAAGACAGUGAGGGAAAAAAGGUGAACAAACUUUUUGCUUUCUUAUCACAGUCGAUCCAAAGUGACAGACCUGCCUCGUACCUAGACUUCUAUAGGAAGGUUACAGAUUAACGCAAAGGACUAUGGGAAGGGUUAGGCAAAAAAAAAAAUGAGGCGGCAAGUCCAUUUUCCGCUUCUCCCAAGGUGCUCUGUGCGCCUGGAAGAUUUGUUCUUCAAGCUUGUCGUCGAUUCUCCGAAGUCCUCCACAAUGGGCCUGGGUAUAGAAGUCCUCAUUACAUAGGUAUUGAGGGCAUCUUGGCCAAAACGCCAUGUUGUAGUCCUUUUAGAGAUUUUCAAAUGAGUUGAGAAAUAUUUCAGUGCAUUUCUUUUGUAGAAUUGUUGUCGCAAUGUUCAGUGCAAUUUGUAGCCACAAAAACACAAAGGUUUUGCUUGAAAACACACCGCAACGUAGUGGUGAUAUAUUUUGGGAAACUAGAGCAAAUGUGGCUCUUGAAUCACAUAGAAAUCGCUGACAGCAAAGUCGCAUUGUCAAAACUUGUAACAAUGUAUUUGACUGAAUUAAUAGAAUUACGUCCAUUUUCACACGGGUACAUCAGCACAAUGUUUCAUUGCCGUAAAGAUGACUUAAGCUCAACAAUCACAAACCAGAAUGUCUUUUACAGCCCUUAGCCUCUUGACUUCCUCUGGCACGGUUACCCUGAACUAUCUUCCAGGCUGCGGUUGUUAAAACGGUAGGAAGCGCUAUCCAACGGUUAAAUCAAUAUCCAUGGAUAAGAAUUAGGAAAACCAAUUGUGUUAUCCAGUGAAUAGCGAUUUAUCCAGUGGAUAACGUUAUCUACCUUUUGAACAACUGGGGCCAGUUACAUUGACAUGGGAACAUUCAUUUUCUUAACUCUGUCACUUUCAGGGUAAACACAAGCAUAGAAAAGAUAAGGAUGAAAAAGACAAGAAGACUAAACAUAAACACCACCAUCAUAAGGAAGAAGGUAUUUUGUGUUAAGAGAACGUAGUUAUGGUAACAGCUAAAAUUAUACUCUCUCAAAGAUGAAAACACGACGACACCGGCCACUAACUUGCGUCCCAACUGCCAGAAAAACCUCUCUGCUACGGUAGUAGUAGUGGUGAACUUUAUUAACGUGUCAAGAAUCUCUAGCGCAUAGCACUAAUUGGUGACGCAAAUAAAAGAUAAAAAUCAAAUGUUAAAAUAGCGUUAAAAUAAUGUUAAAAUAGUAAUGCAAAUAGUAAAAGUUAGGAAAGUUGGAAAUCUAAGACCUAUUAACACGUAAAAAUGUAUGUGCUUAAAAUGUCAGCUUAAGCGAAGAAAAAUUGACUCACCUUCUUUGUAACGAUUUUCCAUGUUUCAGCCGACGAAGGAAUGGGUAAAUAAAGUAAACUUGUCGAGUUUUGAACUCGAAAACUUUUUCAAGUUUGGUGCUUGCGUGAUAAGCGCGCGAAAAGCCAAACAACUCGACGCCACAACCAUGUUUACAUACUCUCAUGCAAACACUGCUCUCGGCCAAUCAGAGCGCGCGUAUUAUCUUAGUUAUUUUACAAAAACUGAUAUUCUCACUGCACCUUACUGUGUGUUGUGUACAUUUUUGUUCCUAGGUUUCAUUUGAAUGGUCAUACCAUACGAUUUUAUCCACAGGCUCAAAAGUUAGAACUACAUUCUAACAAAUAGCAGCAGGUGAAAGUAUUGCCGAGGAUUCAUUGAAAUGGUCACACCAUAGGAUUUCAUCCACAGACUCAAAUGUUAGAGUGGCAAAUUAUCUCAUCACUUUCAGUCUAGGAGUGAAGUGGUUAAGGUUUUGAGCGCUGUGUUUUUUUGCAAUUACAUCGCAGAGCCUGCUGCUCCUGAAGAAAAUCUUAUGUUCAACGGUGAAGUUGAACAUCCCGAGUCACCAACAGAUGAGGUGGAGAAAGGAGAUGAAGGAACAACUCCCUCAAAAGCAGCGACAAAAUUACAAGAUUCUAAACCAGUAAUUGAAACACCAAGCGAUCCUCAGGUAUGUGGCAUGAUCUGAGUCCUCACAUUAAUUUUAUACUGACAGUUCAACCUUUAUAAAGGGGCUAGUAAUCAGAGUCUCUAAGUAAUUGUAGAAAAGAUUUGUAAAUUAAACCUCUAUUAAACUGCCAACUCUAUCAAGCGGCUGCGGCUACCUUAUGGCCAUUCCCCUGUUGUUGUCACCUGUUUUAAGCGGCCAUCAAGUGCUUGAUACUCUUAGUUAGGCUUUAUUUUAAGAAUGUGAUGAUCAGAAGGAAUGUACAAUCCGAGAUAGAAGGUGACGACCGAUUGUGGACCAGUAGUGCUGCUCCCGUCGCGUAUUUGUAUCAAAAUGAAGUGUUGUUUCGGCUAAAUAUUAUGCUAAUUUAUGAAGAACCUCCAUUUUAGCGGCCAACCUCCAUUGAGCGGCUACUGGCCGGUACCCCGAGGAUGGCCGCUUAAUGGAGGGUCAACUGUAUUUCAAAAGUGACCAUAAUCAGACAACGGUGCGCAGUUACAAAUGGUGCGAAGUGCAAAACAUGCAUGAUUAAACUGUGAAUAGUGGGUAGUUCUUAGCCUGCGUGGCAGGCGCAAAAAGGGGAGGGGGAGGGGGCAGGGAGAAAGGGAAAAACACGUGUUAGUUUCUGAUGGCUGAUAACGUUAAAUCACUGUUGCUCAAACUAAUUUCUUAUUGCAUUUUUCCGAGUUUUUUAGCAUCGGCUCGCCGCGUCUGGAAAGCUCAAAUUUCAGAAAAGUACUACUAGUAUUUUUUGGCCUCAAACAAUUUCUUUUAAGUUGCCCUUAGUUUUGAAAACAGAUUUUGAAAGAAGAGAUAACGCUCUUUAACGUGGUAUAAGACUCGUUACUGAAAUCGAGGUACCAGUCAACGAUUUUGGGCUUUGAAAUUUGCCAUUUUUUUUCAUUGAACGAAAACGUUCAAAAUAUUGAAAAUAAUGAAAAAUCUCCAAAAUAUUACACUUUCGCUCAAACUGAGUAAAUCACCACUUAGAAUGUGUGCAAUUAAGUACUCUUCUGAAUAAGUUAUUUGUUGUCCGCAUACAAUGGAUUUGAAUUUUAAAACGAUUUAUUUGCGACACAUGGUCUCGGGCCUGGAAAACCCGGUCCGAGAGCCGCGAAACCAAUAAUCCCCCCGUACGUGGAAAAUAAUUAUCGGAUCGAAGUAAAAAUUACAUUUAUGUUAAUAGCUUACCUAGUGCUACGUUGUGAAUUUUUUUGAGAAUUUUCGAUUUUUCACUUUUGUAGACCUCUGGUCGAUAUUUACUGACAUCCGCUCUUAAUCUUUGAUACUGGGAAAGAAAACGUUUGGCGAAUGACACUGCUUUAGAACAUCAGAAUCUACGUGUGUCACAUUGGGCUUUAAUCUUUUUUUUUUUUUUUUUGAUUUUAGGAUGACAUGGAUUUCUGGCUUUCUCCAACUCCAGAAAAGAAAUCUCAGUCGAAGGUACGUUGAGAAGCAUUCUUGGCCGUUUUUUCCCUUUAAAAUUGAUUAAAAUUUCUGUACGUUUUAAAACUGUACUACUUGACAAAUAAUUGACUGGCUGAUUGAAUGAUGAAGUGACUUACCUGCUGACUGACUAAUUUACUGAUUGAUUGAUUGAUAUAAUGAUAGACUGACUGGUUGUUUGACUGACCACGGACUUGCUGAUUGACUAACUGACUGACUAAUUAAUGAAUUGAUUGACUGAUAUACUGACUGUCUGACUAACUAAUUGACUGGUUGGCUUAUUGACUGACUGGCUUACUCAACGUCGUGUUGGCUAACUAACCAGCUAGCUGCUGGCUGGCUGGCUGACUGACAGGUGGACAAAGACAGAAUGAUUAGCUGGCUAACAAAUGCACUGAAUGACCGAUUGGUUAGCUCAGUGACUGGGGACUGAAUGACACGCUAGAUGGCUGACUGCUUUUCCGGUUUAAUAGCGGACUGCCUGACUGACUGACUGACUGACUGACUGACUGACUGACUGACCGAUUGACUGUUUGAUUGACUAAUUAACUGACUGACCAACUGGCUGGUUGGGUGGCUAACUAGUUAAUAUAAGGACUGACUGUUUGAAUGACCGACUGAUCAUCUUUUAGCAGUAUGAAGUGAUCUGUGGGCUGACAGACAUACAAGGAUUGAAUAACUGACGGAAUAAUGAAUAAUCGAUUGGUUGAUUGAUUACCAAGUUGACUGACUAAUUCAUUUUCUCUUUGAAUGAAAUAACCAGCUUGUUGAAACACCCACUUCAUCUUCACCAGAAAAAUCGCCAAAACAAGAAACACAUGCUAAACAAUCAGAGGUAAUUUUAUACAAACAAUAAAUCGUACUUAAGAUGGUAAAAUGUCAGUUUGCCAAUGAAUAUGAGAGUGAUGCACAAACAUUUCUUAAUUGGUGACGCAAAUAAAAGAUAAAAAUCAAAUGUUAAAAUAGCGUUAAAAUAAUGUUAAAAUAGUAAUGCAAAUAGUAAAAGUUAGGAAAGUUGGAAAUCUAAGACCUAUUAACACGUAAAAAUGUAUGAAUAUGAUUAGAGGAUAAAUUUUGCUUAGUACUACCAUAGGGUCUCAAAUUUAAUUAUUACAAAGAGUGCAAUUUCUACAGCCAUCCUCAAUCAAGGCAGUCAGGUCUGUUCUCCUAAUUUAAUUCCUUCUUAAGUUUCGACCAGAGGAAAGGGUCAUAGUCUUUAAUGAGUGCUUUCCAUAUUUAACCGGUCAUUCAAAAGCGAAUGAUGUACAAACUGAUAUCCUCGCUGCACCUUACUUUGUAUUGUAUACAUGUUUGUUCCUAUGUUUCAUUUUGAAUGGUCAUACCAUACGAUUUUAUCCACAGGCUCAAAUAGCAGCAGGUGAAAGUAUUGCCGAGGAUUCAUUUAAAUGGUCACACCAUAGGAUUUCAUCCACAGACUCAAAUGUUAGAGUGGCAAAUUAUCUCAUCACUCUCAGUCUAGGGUUGAAAUGAUUAAGGUUUUGGGCGUUGUGUUUUUUUGUAAUUACCCCGCAGAGCCUGCUGCUCCUGAAGAAAAUCUUAUGUUUAACGGUGAGGUUGAACAUCCUGAGUCACCAACAGAUGAGGUGGAGAAAGGAGAUGAAGGAACAACUCCCUCAAAAGCAGGGGCAAAAUUAGAAGAUUCUAAACCAGUAAUUGAAACACCGAGCGAUCCUCAGGUAUGUGGCAUGAUCUGAGUCCUCAUAUUUUAUACUUACAGUUCAAUCUUUAUUAAGUGGCUAGUAAUCAAAGUCUCAAAGUAAUUGUAGAAAAGAUUUGUAAAUUAAACCUCUAUUAAACUGCCAACUCUAUCAAGCGGCCGCGGCCACCUUACGGCCAUUCCCCUAUUGUUGUCACCUCUUUUAAGCGGCCAUCGAGCUCUUGAUACUCUUAGUUUAGCUUUAUUUUAAGAAUGUGAUGAUCAGAAGGAAAGUACAAUCCGAGAAAGGAGCUGACGACCGAUUUUGGACCAGUAAUGCUGCUCUCGUCGCGUAUUUGUAUGAAAAUGAAGUGAUGUUGAUGCUAAAGAUUAUGCUAAUUUAUGAAGAACUUCCAUUCGAGCGGCCAACUUCCAUUGAGCGGCCGCUGGGUGGUGCCCCGAGGGUGUCCGCUUAAUGGAGGGUCAACUGUACUUUUUAAAAGCGACCAUAAUCAAACAACUGUGCGCAGUUACAAAUGGUGCGAAGUGCGAAACAUGCAUGAUUAAACUGUGAAUGGUGGCUAGUUCUCAGUAGCAUGGGUUUAUUAGGCUGAUUACAAUGAGAUCUCAUCCAUGAUGGAGUACUGUUUUAGAACCUUUAUUAAUCUUUGAUACUGGGAAAGAAAACGUUUGGCGAAUGACACUGCUUUAGAACAUCAGAAUCUACAUGUGUCACAUUGUGCUUUAGUCUUUUUUUUUUUUUUUUAAUUUUAGGAUGACAUGGAUUUCUGGCUUUCUCCAACUCCAGAAAAGAAGUCUCAGUCGAAGGUACGGUGAGAAGCAUUCUUGGCCGUUUUUUUUUUCCUUUAAAAUUGAUUAAAAUUUCUGUACGUUUAAAAACUGUACUACUUGCCAAAUAAUUGACUGGCUGAUUAAAUGAUGAAGUGACUUACCGGCUGACUGACUAAUUGACAGAUUGAUUGACUGAUAUACUGACUGAUAAACUAACUGGCUGUCUGACUGACCACGGACUUGCUGAUUGACUAACUGACUGACUAAUUGAUGGAUUGAUUGACUGAUAUGCUGACUGUCUGAAUGACUGGUUGGCUGAUUGACUGACUGGCUUACUCAACGACUUGUUGGCUAAUUAACCAGCUAGCUGCUGGCUGGCUGGCUGACUGACAGGUGGACACAGACAGAAUGAUUAGCUGGCUAACAAAUGGACUGAAUGACCGAUUGGUUAGCUCAGUGACUGGGGACUGACUGACAGGCUAGAUGGCUGACUGCUUGUCCAGUGUAAUAGCUGACUGUCUGAAUGACUGACUGACUGACCGAUUGACUGUUUGAUUGACUAAUUAACUGACUGACCAACCAACUGGCUGCUUGGGUGGCUGACUGGUUUUCUAUAAUGACUGACUGUUUAAAUGACUGACUGAUCAUCUUUUAGCUGUAUGAAGAGAUCUGUAGGCUGACAGACAGACAAUGAUUGAAUAACUGACGGAAUAAUGAAUAAUCGAUUGGUUGAUUGAUUACCAAGUUGACUGACUAAUUCAUUUUCUCUCUGAAUGAAAUAACCAGCUUGUUGAAACACCCACUUCACCUUCGCCAGAAAAAUCGCCAAAACAAGAAACACAUGCUAAACAAUCAGAGGUAAUUUUAUACAAACAAUAAAUCGUACUUAAGAUGGUAAAAUGUCAGUUUGCCAAUGAAUAUGAGAGUGAUGCACAAACAUUUCUCUCCAAGACGGACACCAUACAUAAAGCUGAAAAACCUAUUCGGAAUGAAUACAAGUCUGUUUUACUUCUGCAGAACAGUGGAAUAAUUUUCUCAUUGAGCAAUCAAACGUUUAUUAGAAGCAAAUUUACUGUCAUGUAGAGCACCUACUUUACCGUUUUGAGGUAUUUUUCACUACAUAAAGCACUACUUAAGCGUCCGUUUAUCGGUUUCAAAAAAGGCCGGUGUCCGUCUUAAACAGGUGUUCGUCCUAUAGAGAGUAUAGUUACCAUUAAAUGACUUAAAAAUGGCAGGGACCAACACUUGGUCUCCUUGUUAUUGAGGUGUCCGUUAAGAGAGAAUUGGCUGUAAUGUUUAUCAUGUUUCAUAAGCAUAAAAAUUGUAGAAGUACUGUGGAACCCUGCACUAAGGACACCCGUAUGUAACGGACAGUUUCGUUUGACCCGACGGAAAAAAAACUCAUAUAUUUUCUCUAUAAUUGAUCUGCUUAAUACGGACAAUAUGGCAUGUCUCGUCGGAGCCGUGUUAACCGGAUUCCACUGUAACAGAGUUUCCGAUUUCCUUUAGUCACUUAGUAUGUAACUUUAAUCUUUCUCUAGAAAACUGAAUCUAAAGAAUCUAAACGCAAACACCGCAAAGAUAAAUCAGAUAAAAAAGAAAAACAUGAAAAGGAAAGAAAAAAGGAGAAAAGAAAGAGGCGAAGCAGUGAGAAGUCAGACACAGCAGAGGUGCCUGUAGCUGAACCGGACAAACAGGAUGAGCCGUCUAUGAUGGAGCUUAAUGAGGGGAAAAAACAGGUUAGACAAGUUUUUUUUCCUUCUUUCUUUCUAUUGUUUUUUGUAAUGGAGCUCUGUGUCGUGAAAUUUAUCAAAAUUGAAACAGUGAUGACCUCCACUAAACUGAGCGAAACACAAAAAUAGCUGCUCAAAACAUGACUAGAAGGUAUGAAUAUCAUAGCAAAUGUAAAAGGGGGCAAAGGUGGAGAAACUUGAAGAAGAUUGAAACAGAUUGAAAUUGUGGUUUUUUGAAAACUUGUGAGCCCAAGUUUUGCAAAGUUCAUUUAUGUCGUUUGUAACGUUUGAUAUGAUGCAUGGGAGACACAUUUGUUUGACACGAAGCCCUGAUUUUGUCAUUCACACGUUAUUUAUCAAAGUUCCAUGGCGAAUAAGGAAGUGUAAUUGCAUUAAAAACAAAAUGAGCAAGACAGCCUCUUUAAGCUAAACCACACCAAAGGAGUGUCUUAUGAAAAACAAAUAGCUUGACCUCACUACUGUGAACUUUUUAGAACUAUGUUCCAAAGUUAUAAGAAACUGUGCAACGCAAUUAAUCGUGUGCAUGUCAAAGAGUUCUUUGAAAUACGCGUUGAAAAAGGAGAAACCCAGACGUUUUGAGGGUGCUUCCUCUUCUUCUUCAGUGGUUUAAAAGCGCAUUGUCGAGUCGAGGAUAGUAGCGUGGAUGUAGAUAAUAACUUUUCCACGUUGCGUCCCCCUGUACAUGUUUAAACUCUGUGUUUAUUUCAGCGGGAUCCUGUUUCCUUUUUUUAUGCCAGACACUCAUUGAUUUCCUUUCUUUUUCAGCCUAUCAUUACAACUUAUAAAGUUCUCGCAGAAAACAGUGCUCUCAGACUGGUUAGUGUAAUGAAUUAUAUUUACGAGAGGGCAACGUGACCGAGCGGUUAGAACGAGGCGGCGAGUUCAAGUCUCACCCUGACCGGGGCUAGCUGGAUUUGUUCCCUGUAGACCCGAGUUCAAAUCCUUGGUCACGCUUGUUAGUACCAAACUGGUUCGAGGCGAACCAGUUGGGAUUCUUAUUUUCAUUGCAAUGGUCACAUGUACACCAGCCCUGUUCAAGGCUCCGAGAUAGGCGGGUCCGCGAAACUGAGAAAGCGCGAACAAAACGGGUGGAAGGAACAGGCUAUGGUAACACUAAAGGAUUAAAUUAACUGCAAAAACCGUGGACGAAGAUCCUGCUAGUUGUAAACGUUGGAUCUCUAGAAAAGAGAUCUAAUCAGCCAAAAUAAAAGGACCAAGAACGAGAAGUCCAAAGACCACUGCAAAGCUGAUUUAAAACAACGUUUAUUGUGUAUUAUAACAAUAUUUCGGCUGGCCAUACCAGCCUUCUUCAGGUUUACAGAUGUUACUGAACACUGGUAACACUAUAGGAUUUUGUCCAGAAGUUGGGACAACCAUGUUUCCGUAACUGACUUAAAUACGGUUUAAUGAUCCCAGAUGUGGACGAAAUUUUCAUUGUUUUCCUUUUACAUAAAUAUAUGAUGAUUGCGAAAGCGAACUGUCAUUUUAAUCGUGCAGUAAAUUUAUUUACUUAUUGUUUUUCGUCCUUGCUUUAGAUGUACGAGACAAGAGUGACCUCCCAAAAUAGAAAUCAAGUAGUAGUGUCAAUUAUUUUCAGGUAUGUAACUCAUGAAUGAUUGACGUUAUAAAAACGUACAAUAUUUUUUUGAUUUCAGUUGUCUAUUUGCUAAUAGAAUUUAAAUUUGUUUCAGUAUGGUCUCAUCGCUAUUCUCUGAUUUCAUUUCACAGUAAUUUGACUGAUCGUCAUAUCAAGUCCAUGGAAUUCAAUGUGUUAGACUCCCUCAAUACUAAACUAAUACGGCCAGUAAGUAGAAUUUUACUUUUUGUUAAAUUAAAUGUUGAGUUUCCUUAUACGCUUUAUUACGUUUCGAUCCAAAGCUAUCUUUGUUUUUAGUUAAAGUUCAGUGAUCUUGUUACCUUUGCGUCCUGCGUCCCCCUAAAAAUCCCCAAAGACGCAAAAGUUCAUUGCAUGCAGUUGUGUUAUAAUGUCUCUGACAAAGUUCGAAAAAAUGAGUCUUUCCUUUCAUUCAUUCCAUCGAUGUAUUGAUUCAUUUGAAAAGUGUUGCCCAAGAAAAGUACUCGUUCAUAAUUUUAACAAAGAUAUGACAAGAAUUUUUGUGACUGUACGCCCCUUUGAAUCGCAUCCAGCACCGUCUGAUUAACUUGUUUAGCUGUAUGUUCUGGUUGGUUUAUGAUAAAGCCAUUCAUUUGUUUCUGUUGUCUUGUUCACAGAUUGGUUCCUCAUCACAUGACAGUGUCCCAGUCCCCUUUCAUCUUUUGCCAGGUGAGUGGUCACUGAGCCCGUUCCAACCUCGUUCCCAGGGUUCUUUCCUGCUCGUCCCUAUAGAGCGAGAAAAGGGACGAGUGAUAAUGAGUUCUGGGAACGAGGUUGAGCCCGUUCUAGAGAUUGAUCAGUGCCCAUUCCUAAUUUUUUAAAGCAAUAGUUAGUACAAGUAUUAAUGGAGCUCGGUCACGGUUGUCUAGUUCAUUUUGUUAAUAAUGCCGUCAUUAUUCACUAUGGAACUUGAUAACUUACUAGUGACUGACAAAAUCACAGCUUUAUGUCAAACAGAGAUGGCUCCCAAGUAUCAUAUCAAACGUUGCAAAGAACAAAAAUGACCUUUGAAAAACUGUGAGGCCAACGAGUUUUCAAAAAGCGCAAUUGCGAUACGUUUGAAUCUUCAAGCUUGUCCAUCUGUUCUUGCCUUUGUAUUUACUGUGUUACACCGUCGUUUCAUGUUCUGAGCAGGUAUUUUUAUGUUUCACUCUGUUUUGGUGGCGAUUUCCACUAGUCUAAUUCAGAUAAAUUUCGUCACGCAGCUCCUUUAAAAUGUGCUUUAUUAUCUCCACUGAAAGCCCCUUGUGGAAAGAGAAUAAUCAUGUACUUAUUUCUUCUUUGUAACCGAAACACUAUUUAAAACAGUUGGAAUGAAAUUCUGUUCUAAUUGUCUUGCAGGGUGUUCAAAUGAAGGGCAGUUCGCUUUCACUGUAGAAAGCAUAGUCAUGGCGCAGAAACUCAGGGGAACACUAACUUACGUCAUAAAGGUAUCUUUUACCAAUAGUUCCUUCAGCCCGUCCCAUCUCCCAGGGGGACACUAACUACGUCAUAAAGGUACCUUUUACCAAUACUUCCUUCAGCCCGUCCCAUCUCCCAGGGGGACACUAACCUACGUGAUAAAGGUACCUUUUACCAAUAGUUCCUUUAGCCCCUCCCAUCCCCCGGGGGGACACUACCUACUCAGAGGAACACUAACCUACGUCAUAAAAGUACCUUUUACCAGUAGUUCCUUCAGCCAAUUGCAUCUCCCACCCUGUCAUGUUGAUCAUUUUGAACUGGUACUUGAUACAGUGUCGGAUUGCGUUUUGGGACUGUUAUGAGGAACGAACUCUGACCCAGUUUCUUGCGCAGCUUUGUUGUAGCCGGUGAAAGAAGUGCUAGCCAAAGCAGACCCAUAGUGCAGUUGGAUGCACACAGACCCAGUGUUAAUGAAAACAGCCUAGUUAUCUUAAAGUCGGAUAACACGUUACGAUUUGUUCACCCGAUUUUAUAAAGUAAGCAUUCGGUGGACGCAAAAGUCAGCCCUAUUUUAGGCCUGUUUUUCUUUUUGGUCUUUCCUUUUAUUUAGACUUCGUCCCCAUAAAUCGAAACGCGCAAAAUUCGCCGCAGACAGAUCGCAUCAGCGAAUCACAUUAUUUAAGCCCUUUAUAUUCGAACCUUCAGAACCAAAAUGUGACGAGUAUGACGGGUAGUAACUUAAUUGGAGAAAAGAGAGGGGAAUUUUAUUAUUGAGAAGAACUGGACAAGGGUUAUUCUCCUGUAUUUAAUGUAGCUUGAUUCGACUUCGCCAGUUAAAAGAGAGAAUUUUAGUUUUGAAUCAGACUGUAUUUGGGAGACCUAAAACGAUUCGAAAUUUGUUUUUACAAACUUGUCUAUCAGAUUGUUUCACAAAAACCAAACUGCUGUCUUGUACCAUAAAAUUCUCCUCAUAACUAGUUAAGUUAAGCUAUUGAUAACCCCAGAGAGGACCUUGUGCCCCCAAUGCAAUUUUUCUUUCUUUUGCAGGAUGACGAAGGCUCCACAAGCGAAAAGAUGGAUUUUUCGUUGUUUUUACCCUGCUCUUCCUUUCUGAUUUCCACGCCGUUGUCAAGGUAAGCCCUGCUAAAACAAUGACAUUGUAGAGUUUUAACAAUCGUUUUUUCCUUUGCUCAUCGCUUUGGUUUCAUGUUUGGUCGACUCGCAUUGUAUUAUAUUGGUCAUUUUGAUGUUGAGUGGGAGACUGGGUUUGUGCUGUUUCGAAUUUCAUUAUGGGGCUCGUUUGAGGGACAUUUUGGCUCAAUUACGGUUUCUGGGUAACUGACCACCGACCCCUCCCCUAAGUCCCAAUUUUGCCUUAAGUGAGUGGUAAGUGUUAAUGUUGACUAAGGGGAGGGGUAGGUAGGCAAUUACCCAGAAACCUCCCAACUUGUCUUCUAAAAUACUCUCAUAAAGCAAUUUGACACUACACUGAGCCAGUCUCUAGGGCAUAUACAAAUGUAUUUAUUUUCUAUUUCCUUAUUAUAAUAAUUAUGUUUUUCUUUUUUUCGGUCUUCAGUACCGAUUUCGCCAGUCUCUUAGGAAGUGGAACCUUAGUUAACAAAAGCUCUGUAAAGGUUUGUUAUAUCUCCUGUUUCUGUAAGCUGUUUCAUGCAUUCGGUAUCUCUAUAGUCGUACUUUAAAUAAAUCAGCCAAUCCUGGUGGCAGUGCUUCCAUUUUUUUUAAUAACAGAGAGAUUUAGAGUUACGUUUACCGUAAACGUGAAUUUGUACCACGUGGCCAAGUUUUCCCUUAACUGGUACUUGGCUAUUCAUUACUUCUACCCCAAAAUUAGUAGAUUGAGAUUAGUUUUGUCUAUAACAGUUGUUUGGGCCUCUUUUUAAAGCAGAACGUUUUCUAUUUGCAGCAGUUCUGAACUUGAACCUAACCUUUGUCGUUUGCCGCAAACUUCACUCUAAAUUUCUCAAUUAUUUCGCGUGGGGAAAUAGCCUUUAAGUUAACAAGUAGUCUUGAACCGAGAGGACCCGCCCUUUAGGGGGCUAAGGGAUUAUGAAAGGUGCCACCUCUUUUUCAAAUUAAAGAAAACGUUUUCGCCUCGCCCAAGUUGCUCCACAGCCACAUAACGCUAACCACUCUUUUAACAAACGCUGCUGAAUCAAAGCCAGCAGUUAUCGCCACCUUACAAACGAUUUAUUGACGAACUCGUGAAAAGCUAACAAUAAUACAUCUAUAAACAGCGGGGGCAGCGUGACCGAAUGUUUAGAGCGCGAUUUGAGCGCUGGGCUUGUAAUUCUACAUUUCUUCCAUAAAACGCGUAAACAGGAAGCUAAAAGAAGUUUCACGAUUUAGUCGUGCAAAACAACGGCAAGGAAAUGUACGAAAAAGUCUGGUUAAUGUGCUGCACGUGCAAAGUUGUUUUUUUUUGCAAAUUAGAUCUUUUUUUGUUGUUUUUUACCGUUCUCGAUUUUAUAUUUCUUUAAGGAAUAUAUAAAUAUUAAAGAGAGCUUCGCUUUUAGCCCUGGCUAAAUCUAUAUAUUUAUUUUUUUCAUUAUCCUUGAAAAGCCCCACAGAAGGAGAGGAUAUUUAAAGUAAAAAUUAAUAAAAUAAUGAAAAAGUAAGCUUGUGGCGGAGUCAAACACAAAAUUUAGUUUAAGCAACUAAGUUUACCACACUUACUGAGGUUCAAAAGCGCGCGCUUCAAGCAUCAGAGCAAAUCGCUCUUUUUCCUCUUCAUCCUCUUCGACUCUAAGUUUGGACGAUUUUUUGCUUUAUUUGCAGGUCACAGCUCCAGAGACGACAGAGUUUAGCUCAAUAAUUUCGAAGAUUUGUAUCCUGCUACAUUUUGCAGGUAAUGAACACAACUUGUUCUUGCCGGAAAUGAACAGCGUCUGCUCAAAAUAGUGCUAAUAUUUUAAGUAUUUGUAUGGUCAUACUGAAGGAAGCCUACGAGCAGGCCUUCCUUUGAGGGAGAACACGAAAAGUCACUCGCAAGCGGCACAUGAUAGGAGACUCACUCGCGCGUUCUCGCGGAAUGUGGGACGCGAGUAAGAAAGUUGCGCGCGAGGAAGGGGAAGAAUACGCGUUUCCUCCACCCUCGCGCGUAACGAUACUAAUAGGAAUUUUAAUGUUCUGACCGUCUUUCUCUUUCAUGGUUGGUUUAGAUUCUGCUUUUUCUGUACUUGACCUGUUUCACUCUUCAUUCGUUGAACUGUUCGUAACAUUUGGCAAUGUAACGCAUAUCUGUUGCGAAAUUGCCUUGCAGUAAACAUCUUAAUUGCGCCUUUCUCUCUCCUGCAAUGUGUAAAAAGUGGUUCUCUACUGACAAACUCUUGAUCAGAUUAACAGGAGACACGCUGUCUAACGGACAUCCUGUUUAUUGCUGGGUUUUUUUCUUCUUUCUUUGUAAGAAAAAAAUCUCCUGUACACUUUAAUUAUCUACUUCACACGAGACAGCUAGGCUCCUUUUGAGUGCCAUACAAGGAGUGAAGUCAGUUUUGAUAAACUAUCCUCCAAGUUUUAAAGAACAAAACAUAAACCUGUUACUACACGCCAAGUUUUUGUCAUAUUUUAGUUCGCAUUUUACUUUUCAGUCAAUCAAAGACAGCAACUCCGGCACGUACAGCUAUUUUCCACCUCUUAUUGUUUAACAGUGCAUACAAAGGCUACCAAAACAAUGUCCCAACUAUUUGUUCACGCUGGCGAAAGCCCGAAGCUGUACACACAAAACAAAUCCGGCUUUGUUUUAAGCUACAGUCUCCCAGUGUUAAAUUUCCGUUGUUACAAAAAAUCAGGGAAGGAAAUUCUUUGUUUUUGAUUUUAUUUCAUUACGGAUUUUUGACAGUUUCUCGUUCAUGCGGAUGAAAGGUUUACCAAACGACAUCGUGUUUCAGAGAAGAAAGGGAUACGCACACUAUAGUAGAACAGCUGACCAACAUUUGUUUCCGCUAAGCCAAGAAAUACCUUGAAUAUUAUUUGAGUGACUAAUGCCCUUGAAUAGAUUUUAUACUACUUGUUGACUACUCUGGUUCGGCUGGAAUUGCUAUUCAGCGUCUUUGGAUUUAGUUAAUUCAGUUGUUAUGUAUUGGAUUAACUAGACAAACGAUCGCAGUAUGAGAUAGCAACGGUAUCGUAGGAAUAUUGUAGCUCUGUGGAACGAAGUAUUUUUAUUACUUUUAGGCAGUUCUUAGUGUCAGUAACAAAAAAGCUAAUACACAGCUAGUGAAAGUUAACCAAAGACCAUAUCAAUUAGCAACGAUUUCCAUUUAAAAUUGAUAGUGUUUUAUGGACAAUGUCAUGCACGACCUCAUAAUAAACAUGAUUCCCUAUAGUAUUCAAAAACACUUUUCUUUAAUAUGAGAUAAACUCGAAAGAAAUGACCCGAAGCUUCAAGCUUAGCUGAAUCAACGUGAAUUAAAUUGGUUGUAUUUUAGUUUUGCCCGUCUUUUUCUUAAGCGUUUCAUGAGUGGUUUACAUUCUUAGUCUUUUCGAAAAGUGUUACAUUAUCAGGAGAUUUCAUAUCUUGGGGUGACUCACAAUUUUCCUUUGUAACCGACUAUUGAUAUCAGUAGCAGAAGUUUGGUGGUGACCACUAUUCAUGGCAUAAAAAGUCAAACAUAGACCAUACUCUCUGUUUUUAACUUGUAAGUUUGAAAAUGAAAAUCAAAGUCAAUAUUAUGCGUGGAAAAGGAAUAUUUAUCUAAGGAAUGAUGUCGAAGGACUUAACAUAAAAGUGCUACUCUAUGACAACGAAAUUCCAGAAGAAAAAUAUUUUUUUUUGUAAAAAGAAAAGGCAAAGGUUUGCACGUGUAUUCGAUAGCCAAGAGUAGGGUGACUAUGUUCUUGACUAAGACUGCGAAAAUGUGUUUUCGACUAAUAGCCGCAGGCGAAUAAGUUGAGAAAAGUCAAACUGCAACUCUUAAGACUGCGUAAUUUUUGUUAUUUUUAUCAUUUUUUUUUCCGAGCUAUUUUCGAUAUAUUCUCAAAACCUAACCAUACUACAUUCUUCUUUCGAUAUUUUACCAUCCAUUUCUCUUUUUAUGGUAAGAAGACUUUUAUUUUCGGAAACGAUACUUUUAUUAGAGAUUCAGCGCAUGUAUCGUGUAAAAUCUCAAAAACAUCUACCAUAUAGCCUCGUUGAUCAGUCCUGUAUCAAGAAAUGAUAAAGCCAACAUACAAGUGUAAAUAGUUUAUCAUCAAUUUUACGUAGGGGCUGCCGGUGUCAUGUAUAUCAAUUAGCAACGAUUCAAUUUACAUCGCAAUAAAGUUGCUACUUUAUUCUGACUGAUGCUAAACGUUAAGCCUAGUUGGAAUUCGCUAUUUAAAUUGGUGUUGAAAAUUCAGUGGUGUGGCCAGUCAAAGAAAAGCUUUUGAGCAGAAGUUUUACAUGGUAUGAAGGGCGAGUAAAUUCGUGGAAGUUAUGAUACAAAAUGUUAUAUUUGUUACAUCAAUUCUCGCAGAAGAGAUCAAAAUGAGGGUAUAUUAUAAUAAAGCGUGCUAAGCUAAACACAUCACGCAAUUAAAUAUGUUGUCAAUAUCAGCGGGAAGGCGUUUAACUUAUUCACGAUUAUUUUAUACAAUUCAAACCCAAAAAGUACACAUAUACACAAUAUUGUGUUAGGCUUUGUAUUACAUAACAUAAACUUGGAUACAAUUCUGAAGUAUUCCUUUUUGAAAGGUCUGCUCCAAUGAUCAAGUAAUUAUGUAGAUGAUUCUACAAAGAGUCUUCGCAUGUUAUUUUCUGCCCAAUUUUCAUUGUUCUUUGACCUCGCCGCUAAAGGUUGAAGGUUUCGAAUAGGACGUGACUACACGUUGAAAAGCUUCCAGUAUAAAUGGUUAUGUUCUUUGAUUACCGCUUUGCCCCAACAGGCAUUAAUUAUAUUGGACGAGGUUCAAUCUUGACUUCUUAAAAUAGACAUUCUUUAUGCAGUAUUGUUUAUGUGUGUUUACUAGUCACUGUACUGAAAUGUUUGUUGGCCUGUGUGUUGAUUAAUAUACCGGGCAAAGGUACAGGGAAGAAAAUUCUGAUUUCGCUCCUGAAAGCUCUUAUAUCGUGCUAUUUUAGGGGCUGUGGUGAUCUCUUCAAGAACCAAAAAUGGAAAUAAAAUACUCGAAAAUCAAAACUCACUUAUUAAAUGAUGGCAGCUGGUCAUUUUUUCUAAUGAUGUCCGGUUACUGCUGUGAUUGAGUUAUUCCAAAUUUUAAAACUUGGAAAUACUUUUGUUUGAUUUGAGACGUAGUAACAAUUUCAUAAAAAAAGUUUCGCUACUCAUUUGUUUUUUCGAAAAAUGGUAACCCUGCAAUUUUAUCCCAACUCAAUUAACAACACCGCCGGAAAAUCCUUGUAGCUUUCAUUAUUGGGAUUGCCAUUAUAUGAUAAAAAUUUCAUAGAGGUUGUGUUGAAUUUGUAAGCAUUUUUUAUGUACGAAGACCGAUCUUCAGUAAAUUAAGCACCACUUUCUGAGAUAGGGCCCACUCAGUUUGUAGUUUACUCUGUCCAAAGAUUAUUUAUAUUUUCUUUGGCGGAAUUUUGCGGNUUUUUUCUAAUGAUGUCCGGUUACUGCUGUGAUUGAGUUAUUCCAAAUUUUAAAACUUGGAAAUACUUUUGUUUGAUUUGAGACGUAGUAACAAUUUCAUAAAAAAAGUUUCGCUACUCAUUUGUUUUUUCGAAAAAUGGUAACCCUGCAAUUUUAUCCCAACUCAAUUAACAACACCGCCGGAAAAUCCUUGUAGCUUUCAUUAUUGGGAUUGCCAUUAUAUGAUAAAAAUUUCAUAGAGGUUGUGUUGAAUUUGUAAGCAUUUUUUAUGUACGAAGACCGAUCUUCAGUAAAUUAAGCACCACUUUCUGAGAUAGGGCCCACUCAGUUUGUAGUUUACUCUGUCCAAAGAUUAUUUAUAUUUUCUUUGGCGGAAUUUUGCGGGUGCGCUUGGCUAGCGGUCAUUAAAUCUCCUGCGGCUUUUAUUUUCAUUCGCGCGCUCGACACGACGAUCCCUAAAGAGAAAGUAGAAAGACUGUGAACAGGGCAUUUGUACGAUGGUGUGUCUAAUAUCACUAGUUCUCUUUUCGGUUGGGAGGGGAGGGUGGGGGUACUGGGGUCAUUAGGAUUCGUUCCGUUUGUAAUGCACAAGUUUAGAGAAGACAGGGAAGGUGUGGCGAGGCGCUUCAAGGGGAGACAGACCAAUGGUAAAUUAUGUAAGGGAGCUCAAGCUACCACGGCAGCGGUGUAUAGCAACAAAGGAUUACUUGUUAAAUGAAUUCACGAUCUUGCAAACUUCAUCUCGAUGCUCCUAACUCGCUUCCUCUGUUUAAUGUGGGAGAAGUUUACUGCGCUUGCAGAGUUGUCUUGCUUUUAAACCUGAUCUCCAUAUAUUUCUUAAAGAAUUGACAAGAGAUCAAAGCAUUUCCCUUCCCCUUGGCGAUCAUUUCUUCAAUUCUCCUAACCAUUUCUCUUUUUGUUGUUAAUCGACAAUGUUGCGAGAAAAUUGAUGUAGAUUACUCCUAGGACUUAGAGGGUUAUACUCCCCAAUGUAACUCGUCUGCGGCUCUCGCUGGCUUAAAAUAUUCAAAUGUAUGUAGCUUUCAAAAUUUUUGGCAGGCUUCAGAUGUGUUGUACUUCUUAUUCCAGAAUACUGCCAAUAGGAAAGAACCCUAACUGUCAGGUCAAUUCGACUCGAUUGUUCCUAAUGAAUCGUGUUUUUGCACUUUACUUUCAGUCGUAGAACAAGUGGAUUCAAGUGCAUCAUUAUAUGCCAGUUCAAUCCAAAACCAUCAUCUGUGUUUAUUAGUCAAGCAAUUACCGGUGAGUAACGAGCCUGAAAAUCUUUGUAAGCAUUUUUUAUGUACGAAGACCGAUCUUCAGUAAAUUAAGCACCACUUUCUGAGAUAGGGCCCACUCAGUUUGUAGUUUACUCUGUCCAAAGAUUAUUUAUAUUUUCUUUGGCGGAAUUUUGCGGUUGCGCUUGGCUAGCGGUCAUUAAAUCUCCUGCGGCUUUUAUUUUCAUUCGCGCGCUCGACACGACGAUCCCUAAAGAGAAAGUAGAAAGUCUGUGAACAGGGCAUUUGCACGAUGGUGUGUCUAAUAUCACUAGUUCUCUUUUCGGUUGGGGGGGGAGGGUGGGGGUACUGGGGUCAUUAGGAUUCGUUCCGUUUGUAAUGCACAAGUUUAGAGAAGACAGGGAAGGUGUGGCGAGGCGCUUCGGGGAAGACAGACUAAUGGUAAAUUAUGCUAGGGAGCUUAAGCUACCACGACAGCGAUGUAUAGCAACAAAGGAUUACUUGUUAAAUGGAUUCACCAUCUUGCAAACGUCAUCUCGAUGCUCCUAACUCGCUUCCUCUGUUUAAUGUGGGAGAAGUUUACUGCGCUUGCAGAGUUGUCCUGCUUAUUAAACCUGAUCUCCAUAUAUUUCUUAAGGAAUUCGUGAAGAGAAUUUGACAAGAGAUCAGAGUAUUUCCCCACCCCAUUAUUUCUUCAAUUCUCCUAACCAUUUCUCUUUUAUUGUUAACCGACAAUGUUGCGAGAAAAUUGAUGUAGAUUACUCUUAGGACUUAGAGGGUUAUACUCCGUAAUAAAACUCGUCUGCGGCUCUCGCUGGCUUAAAAUAUUCGAAUGUAUGUAGCUUUCAAAAUUUUUGGCAGUCUUCAGAUGUGUUGUACUUCUUAUUCCAGAAUACUGACAAUAGGAAAGAACCCUAACUGUCAGGUCAAUUCGACUCGAUUGUUCCUCAUGAAUCGUGCUUUUGCACUUUUCUUUCAGUCGUAGAACAAGUGGAUUCAAGUGCAUCAUUAUAUGCCAGUUCAAUCCAAAACCAUCAUCUGUGUUUAUUAGUCAAGCAAUUACCGGUGAGUAACGAGCCUGAAAAUCAUAGAAACGGGUUGCCGGAUGCAGGGCACCUAGCUCAGGAUAAAUCUAGGACAAACUUCUUCUGUACGUCAGGCUAUAAGACGGACACCUAGGAUUUGUCCCUCCGAUUCUGACAGUCAUUUUCUUUGGCUGAGGCGGACUUACCUUGGCAAAACGGACUGUCUGCCCCAAACUGAGUUGACUGAAAUGUAGCUUAAGAAAUAAGGUUUAUCUUUGUACUUCUCGCUGAUGAAUGUUAGUAAACAAGCAGUGUUUUCUUUUUUAAUGCUUUGUACUUUUUUCUUUUUUCUCUUUUGUUUCUUUUUUUGUUUUUGUUUUUGUUAUUGUGUAGCGAAAUGUCGGCUGAGUAAGGGAAUGGCACGGUGUGUUAUAACAUUGUAAAGUGACAAAAAAUAUUGACGAUGGUGUUUUCCUUUACAUAGGAUAACUCGGUGUCUGUUGACGGCAAAAGUACUGACGCUUCCAUGGUUUCCAAUGUACUGGACGAAAUUAAAUUACUCCUUCAAACGCCAUGA